AUGCUAAGAAUUUAUCCAAUUUAUAACCAUACCACGCGACAUCACUGCAAAUUUCAGAACUCAGAAGAGUUCUCCUUUGUUAAUCGAGAAAUGUCGAGUGUUGAUGAUGCUGUUUCCUCCUUCCACCGCAUGCUAAAUAUGCGUUCUACUCCUUCCAUUGUUGAAUUUAACAAUAUUUUAGGUUUCCUCGUUAAGACUAACAAUCAUUACGCCACUGCCAUUUCCCUUUUUCACCUAUUGGAAUUCAAUCAAAUCAAACCAAGUAUUGUUACUUUAAACACUCUCAUCAAUUGUUAUUGCCACACUGGUCGAAUGGGGUUCGCUUUUUCUGUAUUUGCUAAGAUUCUCAAAAUUGGUUAUCAGCCUGAUAUCAUUACUUUGACUACUCUUAUCAAGGGUUUGUGUCUUAACCGUAAGGUUCUUGAAGCUCUGCACUUUCAUGACCAUGUGGUUGCACAUGGAUUUCGGCUGAAUCAAAUUAGUUAUGGUAUCUUAAUCAAGGGGUUGUGUAAAAUGGGGGAAACAGGAGCCACCAUGAAAAUGUUGAGACAAAUUGAUGGCAAGUUGGUCAAUGUGAAUGUGGUAAUGUACAGCAUCAUAAUUGAUAGUUUGUGUAAAGAUAAAUUAGUAACGGAUGCCUAUGAGUUAUAUUCUGAAAUGAUUGCAAAGAAACUUUCUCCCGAUGUUGUCACUUUCAGUUCUCUUAUAUAUGGAUUUUGUAUUGUUGGUCAAUUGAAAGAAGCAUUUGGCUUGUUCCAUGAAAUGAUAUCAAAAAACAUCAACCCAAAUGCUUAUACUUUUAAUAUAUUGGUUGAUGCUCUUUGUAAGGAAGGAAAUGUGAAAGAAGCUAAGGAAAUGUUAACCGUGAUGAUGAAAAAAGGUGUAACACCUGAUGUUGUUACUUACAAUUCAUUAAUGGAUGGGUAUUUCCUAGUUAAAGAAGUGAACAAGGCCAUAAAUAUAUUCUAUACUCUGGCUCGAAGGGGAGUGGCUCCUAAUGUUUGUUCUUAUACUAUAAUGAUCAAUGCGUUAUGUAAGAGUAAAAUGGUGGAUGAGGCCAUUAAUCUCUUUAAAGAAAUGGGUAGCAACAAUAUUAUUCCUGAUUUUAUGACUUACAAUACCCUUAUUGAUGGUUUGUGCAAAUCAGGGAGAAUCUCCUAUGCUUGGGAGCUUGUUCUUGAGAUGCAAGAUAAUGGUCAACCACCCGAUAUAUUCACUUACAAUUCUGUAAUAGACGCUCUAUUCAAAAACCAUCAUGUUGACAAAGCUAUUGCAUUAGUCAAGAAAAUCAAACACCAGGGCAUUCAACCAAAUAUCUGCACAUACAGGAUACUUCUAGAUGGACUAUGCAAAGGAGGACAACUUACGAACGCAAAAGAUGUUUUUAAGGAUCUUUUGAUUAAGGGUUAUUGUCUAGAUAUCCGAAUGUAUAAUGUUAUGAUCAAUGGACUUUGUAGAGAGGGCUUGUUUGAUGAAGUAGAGGCCUUGUUCUCCAAAAUGGAAUACAAUGGUAUCACUCCCGAUGCUAUAACUUACGAAACUAUUAUACGUGCUCUCUUUUAUAAAAAUGAGAAUGAAAAGGCAGAGAAGCUUCUCCGUGAAAUGAUUACUAGAGGUCUACUUGAAGUGUAA